UGGAUUGGCAAACAUUAUUCUUGGCUGCCCCUCACCUGGUUCGAUGACUAGAUAUUUGUUGGUCUUAACUGGCCUGCAGCAUCAUGUUGCACACACACCAAGCAGUUUAUUGGCUCCUGUGCCUGUUCCCCAGAAAGCCCCUGAGCCGAGUGCUGGGCGUCAGGUUUGUUUUCCUGCAGGAAUAACCCGUGCUCCGGCCGUCCAAGCCCGGAGGAGGCUUCAUCCGGAGGGAGAAAGCGAAGGGGUUGUAGGCCCGGGGUCUGCAAGAAGAUGCGCCUGGACUCAAAUUCCAUUUCCCUACUUCCUCAGCUCCCUGCUCAGUCAGCACUGGGUACUCACAAUGCCCACCUGACCAGCCAUGGCAGGCUCAGGCAGCCGCUCGUCCUGGGGCAAGCAUCUGUUCAACAUCGGCCUGAGGGUCCUAGUGGUCCUCGCCCUCCUCCACUUGGCAUUGUCCCAGUCCCACCGAGACUUCGCACCACCAGGCCAGCAAAAAAGGGAGGCCCCGGUGGGUCUUCUGACCCAGAUCGGCCGCUCUCUGCGGGAGACACUGGACGCCUGGGUCGGGCCUGAGAACAUGCACCUGGUGUCAGAGACCUCCUCUCAGGUGCUCUGGGUCAUCUCCUCGGCCAUCUCUGUGGCCUUCUUCGCUCUGUCUGGGAUCAUCGCACAACUUCUGAAUGCCUUGGGGCUAGAUGGGGACCACCUCACACAGGGCCUGCAGCUGAGCCCCAGCCAGGUGCAGACCUUCCUGUUGUGGGGCGCCUCGGCCCUGGUCACCUACUGGUUGCUGUCGCUGCUCCUCGGCCUGGUCCUGGCCCUGCUGGGCCGGAUCCUGUGGGGCCUGAAGCUUGGCCUCUUCCUGGCAGGCUUUGUGGCCUUGAUGAAGUCUGUGCCCGACCCCUCCACCCGGGCUCUGCUCCUCUUGCCUCUGCUAACCCUCUACGCCCUGCUGAGCCGGCUCACUGGCACCCGGGCCUCCGGGGCCCAGCUGGAGGCCAAGGUGCGGGGGCUGGAGCGCCAGGUGGAGGAGCUGCGCUGGCGACAGAGGCGUGCAGCCAAGGCGCCCCGGAGCGUGGAGGAAGAGUGAGGAGGCCCCCCCCCAGCAGUGCCGCCUGCAUCCCACCAAAGAGCUGCGCUGCUUCCAGCUGCACAGCCAUCCCCCCAGCCCCAAGCCUGUUCUUGCCCUAUCUCUGAACCUCCAGACCCUACCACCCUAGCUAAGCAAGAGGAAGCCUGUUCCCCUGCUGGUGCUUAGGGCCCCGGGCCCCCGAGCGACUGUCUGGCUUGUUCACACCCCCAGGCAGGUGAGAGGGACUCGGCUCCCGCUUCUCCUCAUCAUAACCCCCUCCCCUCCCUGCUACUUUUGCUUGCUUGGUCUUCCAGAUGGAUGUCCCUUCCAAGCCACCCACCACUCCCUUCCUGGUGCCCUCUGUCUUCUAGCCCUGCACUCCAACCAGAUCACAGCCCCUCAAGGAGGGCCCCUGUCCUCUUCCCUGCCCAGUGGUGGGGAAGGAGCUGGGUCAGUUUCAAGUGCCUUAAUCCGAGCCCUGUACGGCAGCAAACGGACUGUGGCUGCUCCGUGUCCAGGAGAGCAGUCCCCUCAGAAUCCCAGUUCCCCUUUAGCCAAAGCAAAGAGGGCUGCAGCCUGCAAGGACUCCACAAUCCCUGUGCUGCCAGGUCCCUGUGGGGGUGCAGAGCCCGGAAGCCUGGAGGAGGAGCCUCUUGCCUGUUCUUAGUCCUUCCCUGCACUCACUGCCAUGAAGAAGCUGGUGCUCGGACUGCCCAGCACUGACCCAGGAGUGUAGACAGAGCCCACGCCCCUCCCCAGUGACACAGGGGGCCUACUGGCUGAGCCUCUACCAGGCUCUCCCUCAUGGCGGCCAGGGGCCACUUUUGCCUGGGGCUAUGCAGAGGUGGAUGGGUGGGCUCUCUGCCAGGCCCGGCAUGCAUGGGAUGUGAAGUGCCCAGUUGGUCCCGAAACUGUUUGGACUCACAGCUGCAGAGAUAGAUAUUUUUAUCAGCGCUUGGUUGGUUUUCAAUAAAAUGCACGCUAUUUUAUUA